UGCCCGCGUGGAAAGUCUGCGGGUUGCCAGACACACGGUGAGCUGUCAAUUUUUGUCACGCUGUGGUGAGACCACAUUUUCCAGCACUGUGAAAAAUACUAAUUUCCCCCAGAAUGGAGACUGAUUCAGUGGAUCCUUGCACGGAGAUGGAUGACUCAGUGGCUAAGAUAUUGUGCUGCGAGUGUGGCAUUGCAAUAGCCCCAAAUCCAGCAAAUAUGUGCGUAGGAUGCCUCCGGACGCAUGUAGACAUCACAGAAGGCAUCCCGAAGCAGGCUGUUCUACUGUUCUGCAGAAACUGCGAGCGAUACCUUCAGCCACCAAAUGAAUGGGUUAAGUGCUGCCUGGAAUCACGGGAGUUGCUUGCAAUCUGCCUGAAGCGCCUCAAAGGGUUGAAGGAAGUUAAACUCAUUGAUGCCGGCUUCAUUUGGACCGAACCCCAUUCGAAACGUCUCAAAGUUAAGCUAACAGUGCAAGGGCAGGUUCUUGGUGGAGCUGUUUUGCAGCAAAUCUUCGUUGUUGAGUACACAGUCAACAAUCAAAUGUGCGAUGAUUGUCAUCGGAGUGAGGCCAAGGACUUCUGGAGAUGCGUCGUACAGAUCCGACAGCGUUCGGAGAAUAAGAAAACCUUCUACUACUUGGAACAGCUCAUCCUGAAGCACAGAGUUCACGAGAACACGCUCGGCAUUAAGCCAAUGCACGGUGGCCUUGACAUGUACUACGCCAAUGAGAGUCAUGCUCGUAGGAUGGUGGACUUUCUCAAUUCAAUGCUUCCCGUGAAGGUGACAACAUCCAAGAGGCUCAUCUCGCAUGACAUUCACAGCAAUAGCUACAACUACAAAUACACCUCAGCCGUUGAUAUUGUUCCCCUCUCCAAGGACAGCCUGGUGUGCCUGUCGAAGAAGAUGCAACAAUACCUGGGGAGCAUUGCUGCACUGUGUCUGGUCAUCCGGGUGGGUAGUUCGGUGCACUUGAUUGAUCCACUCUCCACACAAAUGGCCGAACUUAACAGCACAAUCUACUAUCGGGCUCCCUUUGAUCCCAUCUGCAACCCAAAAUCUCUUCAGGAAUACAUUGUGAUGGACAUUGAGAUCAUUCCGGACAGUAAGAAACCCUCAUUUCCCGGACAGGGCAAAGUAUCCCACAAGCAUCUCCUGUGCGACGUGUGGCUGGUAAAGGCAUCCGAAUUGGGUAUUAAUGACAAUACAAUUCACACAAGGACCCACCUGGGGCACAUCCUGAAAACCGGAGACACUGUUCUAGGCUACAAUCUAGAGGAUGCCAACAUAAAUGAUGAGAAUUUCGAAAAGUUGGACAAAACCCGCGUGCCGGAUGUUAUCAUCGUGAAGAAGUACUACGGUGACUCUGCCGAGAGGCUCAGUUCCAGGAGGUGGAAGCUCAAGCAUCUCGCUGAGUAUCCAGGACAAAUGGAUACAGACACAAAGGACUACCGGGAGUUCCUCGAUGAUCUCGAAGAAGAUCCCGCCUAUCGUCAACACGUCAACAUCUACAAGGAUCCCGCAAAAAUGCUCCCUGUUGAUGUGGAUGACCUCACAGACCCAUCCGUUCCACGAAUCACCCUGGAGGAGAUGCUGGACGACUUAGCGUUGGAUGACGUUGAAAUGGAAUAGAAUUUAUUUGAUUCACACACCUACAUUAUGAUUAUUUUUUAUGAUAAUAAUUCUUCCUUUCUGUAUCAAUAAUUUUUGUUUUCGUUCUUCAUUCACUAAAUUCAAUAAUAAAUUGAAAAAAAAAUCUUCAAAA